AUGGCCACGACCUUCCGCUCUUUGCCCAUUGUUGACCUGGCCCCUCUUAAGAACCCCAAUGGACUGAGUAAGGAAGAACAGAAGAGCUUGGCAAACCAGUUACACGACGUCUUCGUCACGACAGGAUUUGCCUAUCUGGUAAAUUAUCCUUUGAACUUUGAUCAUGAAACUCUUUUCGACAUUACCAGGGUGUUCUUUGCUCUCCCGAUAGAGGAGAAGAUGAAGUUGUCCAAGCGGAGCUUUUGCAAAGACAAUCUGAAUACUUAUCGAGGAUACUUCCCCAUCCAGCCAGAUCUGGCCAAUGAUAAUCUGAAGGAGGGCUUUGAGAUCGGUCCGCAGUCAUCAAUAUCCAACAGAAGCACAAAUCCCGGCAAUCUGAAAGUCAAUCUCUCAGAACCCAAUGUCUGGCUAGCACAUACAAUAUUCCCCUUCCGCUUCAAACUCGAACAACUACACAGCGAACUUCAAUCUCUCGCCUCAACUCUGCUUUCCCUCUUUGCAAUUGCCCUGAACAAAGAGGCGGAUUUCUUCUCGCCAUAUCUAACAGACUCACUCAGCACUUUACGGCUGCUGCACUAUCCACCGAAUGCAAACCCCAAAUCGAACCCAUCAAUAUUACAGCAAGAGACAUCACCAGAUUCCGAUUCCGAUUCCGACACGGUAAAGCUGUGCUGCCCACCCCAUACUGACAGCGGAUUUCUUACUUUACUCCACCAGGACACUACGGGGGGUCUAGAAGUUCAAGAUUCGGAAGGGAAGUGGAUUGCGGCCCCGUACGUUCCUGGAUCCAUCGUUGUGAACAUUGGCGACUUAAUGGCGAAAGUGUCUGGCGGACGGUUUGUGGCUACGACGCAUCGUGUCCGCGCUCCGCCUGCAACUGCGUCUUCUCCUUCUCCCGGUGCGGAUGAGGGGAUGCAGCAGGGCCUUGGAAUGGGCAGGUUUAGCGUGCCAUUUUUCUUUGAGCCUGGUGAGGAGUGUGUUGUUAGGUCAGUCGAUGAUGACAAUGACGGUGGUGAUGGGGCGGGUGCUCUUGUGUAUGGGGACCACGUAAAAGCGAAGAUGAAAACUUGGGUUGAGUUCCAAGGUCUCUGA